GCUUUAUUUUAAACACUGAAAGAACGCCGGCAAACCUCUUCCAUCCCUUUUUUUGCAGAUGCGGUCCACACCAUCACUUGUGCCCUGAUGCUUUUAAAUACAGAUCUUCAUGGGCAGAAUCUCGGGAAAAGUAUGUCGAGUCAAGAUUUCAUAGCAAACUUGGAAGGCAUGAACAACGGCAAGGAUUUUCCAAAAGACAUGCUGAAGGCCUUAUACCAAUCAAUCAAAAGCAAAAAACUGGAAUGGGCAGUCGAUGAGGAAGAGCUGCAGAAGACCAUAAUGCCCAAGAGCGACGACCCCCUCAGCGUGACCCGAGUGACAGACAGAGGCAGCCCCUUUCUCGAAGUCCCGCACGAUCAGAAAGCUGCCACCUACAAGGAGGGAUUUCUCAGCCGCAAAGUCCACGCCGACAUCGAUGGCAAGAAAACACCGUGGGGGAAGAGAAGCUGGAAAACUUUCUACGCUGUACUGAAGGGGACUGUCAUCUACCUCAUGAAGGUAAGGCCUAUGGUGCACAGCCCUUCACCCCUGUGUUCACAAUGUGUGUCCGCCCGAGAAAAACAGUCACAAACAUCAGUGUACGUUCAAGAUGGGUUAAGGGAAUGGGCAAAUGAAGUAUAA